AUGGAUGCUCUUCUUCGUUGCAUGAUUUUUCUUGUAUUAUUCCAUGCUCUUCUGGUAAAUCCUUGUUAUUGCUUCAAAAGGAAUUCAUUUAAUGUUUCUCAUCUUGAAAAUAAGGAAGAAGAUAAUAAAUGGCGAACGGGAAAAGCUACACAUUAUGGGCCUCCAAAGGGUGCUGGAUCAACAGGAGGGGCAUGUGGAUAUGGUGAUACCGUAGAAAAACAUCCGUUUAAUAAAAUGAUAUCGGCUGGUGGUGGAUCUAUUUACCGUAACGGAAAAGGUUGUGGUUCUUGUUAUAAGGUGAAAUGCACAGAGAAUAAAGAAUGUUCAGGAAAAUCUGUGAGAGUGGUUAUAAGUGAUGAAUGUGGAGGAUGUGGUGAGGGUCAUUUCGAUCUAAGUUGCACUUCCUUUGAAAGCCUUGCAAAAAAAGGCCAAGACCAUGGUAAAAAUCUUAUAGAUGCUGGAAUGAUUAAGAUUGAGUACAAGAGGAUUGCAUGCAAUUUUUGGAGGACAAUAGCCUUUGAAACUGAUAAGGGAGCCAACCCAUUUCAUUUUAUUGUUCAAAUACAAUACCAAAAUGGAUAUGGUGACAUUGAAAAAGUUGAAUUGAAGGAACAGGGAUCAAAAAAAUGGCAUCCAAUGCAACAUUCUUGGGGUGCAAGAUGGUUUUUGAGUAUUGGUAAAGAGUUGAAUCCUCCAUAUUCUAUUAGACUCACACAAACUGGAAAUGGAAAAUCCAAGACCAUUAAAGCUCGUAAAGUCAUUCCAAAAAGUUGGAAACCAGGCAAAGUUUAUUGGUCACAGUCUAAUUUAUAG